AUGCUAAGAAAUACUAAAAAAAAGAAUACUAAUCGUGAUCACUUUGCAUUACUUGUUAACAAUAAAAUAUUAACUAAAAAACAAAACACCACUCAAACAUUAGAUAAUAAACUCAUUUCAGAGUUACUUGCUAGUUUUAUUGAACCUAUUCUUACAAAAGACACCAACACCAUGGAAGUUGAUCCUAUCGCAGAAAGUUUAACCAAUAAUCUUGAUAAAGAAAAAGGUUCUGAAACUCUCACACUAGAAAAUACUAUACAGAAAACUAUUAUAAGCAUUAAUAAAACAUUGUUAAUUAACUUUAUUGCUAAUUCUAAUGAGUUUAUAGAUGACCAAGAAAAUCUUUCAUCAUCUUUAUAUGAAUCAUCAUCUAGUAGUAAUCAUGAUUUACAUAAAAUAUAUAAUAGUUUUUGUAAUGAAUCCUCUUUUUAUCCUAUUUAUUCUCAAUUAAGUAACAAAUCUUUAUUAGCAGAUAUAAAAGUAGAACAAGAAUUACUUUGUAAACGAAUAUUAUAUAAUAGUUCAAUAUUAAAACUGAAUAACUGA